AUGUCUGAAAUUCCUGGGUUUUCAUCAGAAGGAUUGAAGUUUGUAGAUGUUUCUGCUGAUAAUGGUACCAAGAAGGUAACAACAAUUGAAAUUGCUGGACAUUCAGAUUGGAGAGUAGAAGUACCAUUUCAUACGAUUCUUAAAUUGAACGUAACAAGAGGAAUUGUCGAAAUUUUUGGUACUGAACUCCCUGUAAACGUUGAACUUCAAUUCAGUGGUGCCAAAAUAUGUUUAUAUACUCCUGAUGAUGAAGGAUGUGAAAUUCAAUAUAGUACCACUGUGAAAAGUUCAUCAAAUAAUAAAGAUGAUAAUGAAAUUAGUGAAUAUAUCAGUGAUGAAACCACCAUGAAUCAAACGAUUAAUUUACAUUUUGCUCUUGAAUCAUAUAGACAACAAGCUGUAGAAUAUAAUGCUCAAAACACUUGGGAUCAGAAAAAGGGACCUAGAGUACUUGUUGUUGGUAGUGCUCAUUCUGGAAAGACAUCACUUAUUAAAACAUUAGCAUCAUACUCAUUGAAGAUGGAUGGUUGUCCGAUUUUGGUCAACUUAAACCCUCAAGAAGGUGUCUUCUCACUUCCUGGAUCACUCACUGCGACCCCUAUUAGCGAUCUGUUUGACGUUGAAAGUACAAACGGUUGGGGUAACACUACCACAUCUGGAUCUACGUUCCAUAACCCAAAGCAACCAAUUGUUAAAAAUUAUGGUUUUGAAAAUUUUAAUGAAAAUAUUGAACUUUAUAAAUAUCAAAUUUCUAAACUAGGAGUAGCUGUUAUGUCUAGAUUGGAGGAAGAUAUCAAUGUUAAAAAUAGUGGUUUAUUGGUGGAUACUCCUCCAUUAUCCAUGAAAGAUAUUACUGUUAUUGAGAAUAUUGUAUCAGAUUAUGAAAUUAAUUUCAUUGUGGUAAUUGGUAAUGAAAGAUUAUUGAUAGAUUUAAAGAAGAAAUUCAAACACAAGACUCAAACUGGUGCUUUAAAUGUAAUUAAAAUUGCAAAGAGUGGAGGUGUGGUUGAAAUUGAUGAUUCAUUUAUGAGAAAUUCUCAACAACAAGCUAUAAGAGAGUAUUUCUAUGGAACUUUGAAGAGUCCUCUCUCACCUUAUAACACAGUGAUUGAUGUUAAAGAUGUGGUUCUUUUUAAGUCUGUAGAUAAUGUUGAAUCCAACUCUAAUUUUGCCUUUUUACCUUCAGGCGAUUCAUUCACUCCUGAAGAUUCAGAUAUGACUGAAGCUGAUAAACGAGAUGAUUUCUCUCUUGAGAGAUAUUAUUCUCCAAUUACAAACCCUACAGCUUCAGAUCUCAAUAAUACUAUUCUUGCAAUUACUCAAUUACAACAAAAUGAUAAACUGGGAAAGAAUUUAUUGAAUACAUGUGUUAUGGGAUAUGCUUACGUUUCUGAUGUGGAUGAUACAAAGGGUAAAAUGAGAAUUUUAUUACCAGUUCCUGGUGCAUUACCUAGAAACAUUUUAAUUGUCACUGGAAUUAGAUAUAUGGAAUAA